AUCAUCUUUGGCCCCAUUUCAUGUCUUUUAUUGCCUUAUAAAAGUUAAAAAAUAAAGGCCAUAAUUGUGCCAAUCCAAGGGUAAUUUUGUCAAAUUCACACACAUUCUAAUCAAAGUAAAUCUUGAGUUAUUAUACAAACAAAUAAAGAUUGUUUCAUGAAGUUAUGAGUGUGUUUUUGUAUAAUAUAAGAUAUUAAUAAAGAUCAUUAUUUAAAUCUCUCCCUCUAAAAUUAAAGCUUCCAAUCACUCUUUCCACUUCUUUAGCUUCCAUCUAGAAUUAGUGAUAAAGCUUCAAUCUUUACCAAAAACUAUCAAAAACCCACCAUGGAAACAGCCAGAAGAACUUCAUAUGCAUCCAUUUUCUUCAUCUUUCUCACUCUUUCUUGUGUUCUUGACCCGACCCGUUUAGUUCAAGCAUCGGGUCAAGACAACCAGCAGCAACCCAUCAAGAGGAUUGUAGUGUUGGUUCUUGAAAACAGAUCUUUUGAUCACAUGAUAGGGUGGAUGAAGAAAUCAAUCAACCCAAUAAUCAAUGGUGUCACAGGUAACGAAUGCAACCCAUUUUCAACCAACUUGACCCGGAAAAAUACCCAACAAACACCACAAGAAUCAUCCAUCUGUUUCACUGACGAUGCCCACUAUGUGGAUCCGGAUCCGGGUCAUUCUUUUGAAGAUGUGGAGAAACAGGUAUUUGGGUCCAACCCAUUUCCUUCAAUGACUGGUUUUGUUGAACAAGCAUUAUCAGUUUCAACAAACCUUUCCGAGACUGUUAUGAAAGGUUUCAAGCCUGAAAAUGUGCCAAUUUUUGCUAAAUUGGUUCAGGAGUUUGCAGUUUUUGAUAGAUGGUUUUCAUCUAUUCCGGGUCCAACCCAGCCCAAUAGAUUAUUUGUUUAUUCAGCCACUUCUCAUGGGUCAACAAGCCAUGUGAAAAAACAGUUAGCAAAAGGGUAUCCACAAAAAACAAUCUUUGAUUCACUUCAUGAGAAUGGUAAAGAUUGGGGGGUGUAUUUUCAAAACAUACCCACAACUUUGUUUUAUAGAAAUAUGAGGAAGUUGAAAUAUGUGUUCAAGUUCCAUCAAUAUAGCACCUUUAAACAACAUGCUAAACAAGGUAAAUUACCAAACUUGAGUGUGAUUGAACCAAGGUAUUUUGACAUAAAGGGGUUUCCUGCAAAUGAUGAUCAUCCAUCACAUGAUGUGGCAAAUGGGCAGAAGUUAGUGAAGGAAAUUUAUGAGACAUUGAGAGCAAGUCCUCAAUGGAAUGAGAGUCUUUUGGUGAUUACUUAUGUUAAUGUUCCUAGCCCCGAUGGGAACACGGGUCCAGCUCCGUCGUUCUUUAAGUUCGAUCGGUUGGGUGUUCGGGUUCCUACCAUAAUGGUCUCUCCUUGGAUCAAGAAAGGCACAGGUAAAAUGCAAGAUAAAUAUAACAUGUCAAUGAAUAUG